AUGUACAUUGACCGGAAACGCAGCUGGUUUCUGCACAAGGGCGAACACUUUGAACGCACCGACGGUGGUAUCCAGGUGGGCAGUGUGCUGGGCUUGCGGCUAGAUUGCGAUCGGGGCUCUCUCUCCUACUACCUGGACGACGAACCCCACGGGCCGAUAGCC